GUGACAUUAAAUAAAGGAAGAGAGAGAGAGAAACGCAACACACAGAGACCAAACAAAGCGAUAAACAAAUAAGUGCUCGGAAAAAAAUAAAGUAGAAAAGUGAGAAAGAAAAGAGAAGAAAAGAACCUCGACAAAUGUAAGAAAACACAAGAAAAACUAAAAACAUCAAGAAAUAAAGAAAAAAAAAUUCCAAGAAAAGAAAGGAAAGAAAAAAAAAACUAGGAAACAAACCCAACACUGAAAAGAAGAAGAAAAAAAAAAAUAAAGAUAGCUGUGCAUGAACUGAAGAUACUAAGCGCAAAAAAAGAGAGACACCAAGUAAAUAUAUAAAAGAAAGACUGUAAAAGCAAAAAAAAAAAGUGCAGAAUCUUGAAAAUAAAGGAGGAUAAACGAGAAAACAGAGAACCAUAGAGAAAGAGAAAAGAAAAGAGAGAGAGAGAGAAAAAAAAGUGAAAUAAGUGAAGGAAGUUAAAUUAUUUGUCACCGGAAGAUUGUAAAGGAGAAGAGACAUAAAACAAACACAGGAGAAAUCUUGCACACAUUUCUGUGUUGAGAGGAAGUGAUACCACAAUAAGAACUACUACUACUACUACUACUACUACUACUACUACUACUACUACUACUACUACUACUACUACUACUACUACUACAGCCAUCACUGUCAUUAUGAAGAGAAGGCGGGGAACGUGAUACAGACACGAAAAAAAGACACCAAGAGACGAGUGGACGCCCACCUAUAACCCACACCCUCCCUCUCAUCCUCACGCCCACGCUGCAGCAGUUCUCCCAUGGGCGGGGCAGGCAUCAGGAUGCCCGCGCGAAGACUGGCCACCUCCCGACGCUGCAGUUGACCUUGCACCCCACGGCCUCAGAGCGCCUGUGGAGUGAAGGGCAGGGUGGGUGGCGGUGUGGGCGGGGCGGGUGCGGGUGAGUCGCCGCCGCCGCAGUAUGGAAUCAGGGCGGGUGUCGUAUAGCGACGCCCGGAACAUCCCGCACAUGCAGCUCUUCCACCACCUCAAGCAGAAGUUCCCGGACCUCAGGGACAAUGAUGUCAACGAGAGCAUACAGAAGUAUGGCCUUGACCGUGAGCGUUGCGAGGAGGAACUGUCACAGCGGACACAGAUCCACCCUGGGGGUUACUACGGGCCGUGGGGCCGCUUCUCUCCCGCCACCUCCAGGCUCACCUCCCCUGUGCGUACCUCUACCCCCUCCACCCCCACUACCCCACUGCUUGGCACCCCCUCCCCUUGCGUGGUGGGGCCCCUGCAGCCCGGCGGGGAGUACCCGGUGUACAGCCCCGGCACGUGUGGGGGCACCACCCCAUUCUUCCCGUCGACCCUGGCCACCAGCUCGACGGCGCUGCUCCCCUCCCCAGCAGGCAGCCCGGUGAGCUACGGCUGGCAACCCGGCGUGGCCAAUGGUUUCCGUCCCACCCUCAGGCAGCCCCAGGACGGCCCCGCCAGGCUGGGGGACAUCCCACCGGGUUCCCGGGACCGGUCCAAGUCACGCUCCGGCACGCCCGUCACACCCAGCUCGGCCCCGGUGGUGCCAAACUCCCACGACCCCUUCGCCUGUGAGCUGCCAGAGCGGCGCCGCAGCGCGGAGACCUGCUCUGAGGUGCAGCUGGAGGGGCUGCGCCUCUCCCCCUCCCCCGACGCCACGCCAUGGACCCGCCUGCUGGUUUGGCGGCCACGGCCACAGCCACCACCACUAUCAUCACCACCACCACCACCUUUGCCCCCCUCACCACCACCACUGCUACCACCACCACCACCUCCACAACCAUCAACUGUACAAACCUCAGCCCAGUCGACGGUGGCAGCAGUGGCAGCAGCAGCAGCAGCAGCAGCGGCGGUGGCAGCAGCAGGAGCAGCGGCCGUCCUCCUCCAGGUCGAGACUCGUUUCUUCUGUACACCUCAUCCCUGUCCCCCCCACGGGGCGCAUCACGCCCCUGGGCCACCCGCCAGCGAUGGCACAGUGUCGGUGUGUGGUCGCUCCUACACCUCCGUCAACUUGCAGCUGAGGCAGCCAUCCUCGGAGCCUCAGCCGCCCAUACAGAUCCGUUCGAGCGGAUCUUCCCUUACCUAUUCCACCUCCUCCCUGGACCACCGGCAGGGCUCGCGCUCCUCCCUCCAGAUCUCCAUAGGGCCCACCGGAGGCACCAUCUCAGCCAUGCGCACAAAUCUUGACAAUAAAAAUUCCCAGGCCAACACAGCGUUCCACAUCCAGUACAGCUCAGGCACCGAAGAGGGCCGCUCCCCCACUGGGGCUCCCUUCCCCACCACGGGGGACGUGGUAGGUCCAGAGGGGGUGAUGGGGCAGGUGCGGCGGCCCCAGAGCUGGUAUGUGUCAGAUUCUGUCCCCUCAGAGUCCAGACAGAGGAAAUCCUCCCUGCCAGAGUGCGUGGGGCCGCCCGUCACCAUCCACCCCUUCCACUACCCUCCCUAUACCGAGCCCGGCCUGGGGUACUCUGCGGCAGAGCCCUUGUUGACCGUGCCACCGUCUGGGCCUGACUCUGUCCCCGUGCAAGCACUCCUGCAGGACCAGCUGGCGCGGAAGGAGCGGCUGGCAGUGGAGCUGAGCCAUCAGGUAGAUGAGAAGGGACGGCUGGAGGCAGAGGUGGAGGCCAUGGUGCGGGAGCUGCAGGCACGGGAACACCAACGCAAACACAACACAGACACGAAUGCAAUGAGGAUAGAGGAAGUUCAGCAGGAGAACCAGAGGCUACAGUCUGAGUGUUAUGAGAUGGAGAACAGAAUACUGCGUCUUAUGCCAGACUUUGAACUUGACAUCUACUCUAACCUGACAACACGCCAGACACCCUAUAGUGAGAGUACACCAGUCCAGCCUCCACCGCAGCUCACCAGAGGAAGCUCUGGGUCCAGCUUGGGGAGUGAAAUGGGCACCCCCAACACCCUCAACACUAUCCACACACCUGUCUACCCCUCCCGGCCAGCGCCCCCUCCCCCAGCACCCCCUCCGCCAUCCCUCCCCAACCACAGCUACGGCCAAUACCAGGAGGCGAGCCACAAGUGGGACUGCACCAAGUGCACCUUCCUCAACCACCCGGACAUGAGUAUGUGCGAGAUGUGCGACUUCCCCCGCUUCACCAUAGGUACGACUCCCCCCCGCCAGGCAGCCUCUACUCCCCCCCAUCACCAGGGCCCCUGCUACUGCCACCACCGCCACCACCACCUCCAACACACCACAGGUCCACCCGCAGGUUCUCCCAGACCCGAUGGUGCCGUCUUGCCGCACACCAGCUCCUGCUCCUCCCUCCCUCUGUCGCAGGGCAAACCCAGCCUCACUAACAUCCUCAAGGACAAACUCUUGAGCCUCAGGGACCGCCGCUCUGACAGUGUUUGAGGACUGAUGACGAUAAUGUGUGUGUGAGAGAGAGAGAGAGAGAGAGAGAGAGAGAGAGAGAGAGAGAGAGAGAGAGAGAGAGAGAGAGAGAGAGAGAGAGAGAGAGAAUGAUUGUGGCUGGUAAAGGAGUGUGGUAAAGGAGUGGCAUGUUUCUGUGUAUAUGAAUGUAAGUUUGGUAUUCUGGAACUUUGAGUGACUGGGAAUGUGUGUGUGUGUGUGUGUGUGUGUGUGUGUGUGUGUGUGUGUGUGUGUGUGUGUGUGUGUGUGUGUGUGUGUGUGUGUGUGUGUGCUGUGACUGUCUGUCUGUGCCUGACUUGCUGACUGACACAGACAUGCCUCACAACACAUUGACCCAAGGAAGACACAGUUACUGUUCAGUGUUGCUCUUCAGAUCUGUACACUUGAUAAAACUUUCAAGUACCCAUGUGGUUCCCCGAGAACACUUAAAAGAUUUAUGAACCUCUUUAACCUGAAGUGCUUUGUAUCUCUGUCUAUUCUUUUAUCUGGCUACCUAUCCAUCUCAGGCACCUUGCUCCCCAAGUGGGUGGCCAUGGCAGAAGAGCCUUCACCUCUUUGUAUCCAAAUAUUUCCUUCCUGUUUGUUCUGACACAUGGCCUCUACUAACACCCCUCUCACACAUGUACUUCUUUACCAGAUCCUUCUAUCUUCCAAGUGUCCUUCCUCUCCCAUAAACAAUGAAGUGCUUCAGGAAGUGUAAAUUGGCAUGGAACACUGAUGAUGGACACUGAUAACAAACACUCUUCUCAAAAGUGUAUUCAGAGUGCUGCUUAUUUUUCCAGUAUUUCACAUUCCUAUAUAGAUUGAAUGUCCACACAGACUUGAGGAUGUGUGAGAAAUCCAUUAUUUUGCUCCACUCCCUGUAAACUGUGUGAAAAAAUUGUGGUAGUGGAAGAAUAGACAGCAUCCGAAAAGCACCAAGGAUGACCUUCAUUGUACUAGCUAGACUUGUGCCUCGCUUAGCCAUUCAGUUGAUAGAGACUUUACUGUUUUCAGUAAGUGACAAAGGAUUUCUGAGAUUGCUGGGGACUCAGAAAUCAGGGAACAAGAGGGAAUGGGAGAGGGAAAGAGGACACUGUGUGAAUCAAUCAUUGAGGAGGUAGUGAGCAGAACCUGUGGCUUCACCUGUGCCAUCCUGAGGCACUGUCAACUCUUCCUUCUUGUCUGUUUAUCAGUGAAUGCUUUGUGUGUGGAAAUUUUCAUGUCCCUUUUUUUCUGUAAUCUAUAUUCUCAUUUAAGUUGCCAUAAACAUAGAAGUUGUAUUGUGUGGUAGAAAUUACAUUUGAGGGGCAAGAAGGAAAAGAUGAACACAAUCAGUACGGGUGAACAGUUAUUUAGUGGGCAUUACAAGAGAAAGCACACCUCAAGUAGCUAGACUUGUGUGCUUUUGACCUAGAGACAGAAGAAAGGUUCUCUUCCCAUGAAACUCAAUGCUGUUGUGAGGCAGGGAGGAUAGGGAUUGUGUGUGACCCUUUACCACAGAUACCUUGCUCUUGUUCUGCCCCAGCUGGCUUCUUGUACAAAGGGUAUUUAUGGUGGAUAAGGACUUAAUGUUCCUCUCUGUUAUAUUCUGGUGGCUCUUGGUCUGUUGUUAGCUGACAUCCUUCACAGGGGAUCUAGACAUUGGCAUUGGGGGUCCUGGCUUUGGGUCUUUACUGUGGCAGUGGUAUUCAGUGCUUCUUGUUAGCUUCCGUCAUGUGACCCAGCAGGACGUGACUCCCCAAGGGAUAGCAUUGCACGAGCUUUGAUCAGUAAUGAGAAUUGACACCAUCACAUGCAUGGUGGAUGCUGAGACAGAGUGUUAUUAACAUGCACUAACAUAACAAACCUUGCAGGGCUGUGGACCAUGAACUGCAGGUGAUCAGUUUGCUAGAAUUUUUUUUGAUGUAUAUGUACAUGUGUAUCAUACUACUACUACUGUUUUGAAUUGAUGUGCUGAGUGGCAUUGUCCGUGUCCGGCUGUGUAGUGAGACCUUGCUCAGGAAACAUAGGGAUCAUGACUUGCAAAUUGACUCCCAGUAUGUGAAAUAUUUUAUAAGGCAUCACAAUUUUUCUCCUCUGCAAUUUGGUGCCUGAGUCAUAGAAUGCUUCAUGGUUUGCUGCAGUGAGGUUGUGAGGAACAAGGGGACUCAAGUACAUGUUUUCACCUUCAAGUCUUUCAGUAGAAGACUUUGUUAAGAAGAGUAAGAGCUUGAGUGAUUAUGUUCCUCCCCACCUGCCUGUUGUGGGUGCAGGGUUAGUGGCCUCCACACUGGCGUUGGUUCUGUUGGGGCACCUCCCAGCCUCCUGGUGCUGAGGAAAUACUUGGUGACCUGUGCUGAGCAUUAUUACCACUAAGAGUAUUGUUGAAUGAUUGCUGUUUCAAGUAAAACAUGUUGAACGAAAUAUAACUACUUCAUUUAGAAAGGCCUAUUUAUUUAAAUAAAUAAUUUUGUGCUCCACACUCUCUCAUUAUACUCUCUAGAAUUGUGAAAAAUACCUCCUUUUGAGUUUUGACCUCAGAUUUGCUCUUGAUCCUUAUGUUGGUCAUGAUUUUUAUAUAGUGCAUUUUGUGCAUUUUUUGAAAAAUUUAAAUUUGGAGUGUGAUGUUACAAGUAUAAUUCACUAAUGUGUGGAGUGUAAACUCUCUUCUAAUGUCUUUACACCUGCCAUGUAGCUCUCAAACACAUGUCUCUAGGAGGAUGACCAGGUAAGGGACCUCAUCAGUACUGUCUUCGAACAAAACUUCAUAUCCAUGGUACUUCUUGCAUGAUGUACUCAUGCACACAUGCACACACACACACACACACACACACACACACACACACACACACACACACACACACACACACACACACACACACCUGUUCUCAAGUGUGGUGGAACACAAGCACAUUAUGUUCACUCACCACAAAAUCAUUUGUUAUCAGUCUUUUGAUGUAGCAGUCUUCAUUUACAUUACAUAAUCAUAAUUUUCAGUAUACCAUUCUCCUCAUUUAACACAGCAGCUCACUUUUUGCAAAUGGCUUGCUCUGAAUCACAUCAUGUAUAAUGUAGGUUUCCUUGAGCUAAAUAAUUAAUUUCAUGUUGAAGUGGAUGUUUAUGUUCAUCCCACAACUUGGGAUGCAAGCCAGAUAUGUAAUGAUAAUUUUAUAUGACUGGAGCAAUAUGUUUAUUGCAACCACAAAUUUUACAACUUUGAAGUGAAAAGAUCUGAUUAUUCCUUUAAUGGAAACUGAUAAGAUAGCUACCCCUUGCAGUGCAGCUGGCUUUACCUAGCACCACCACCACCACCACCACCACAUCCCCUUUGCAGUACAAUUUCUUGACAUGAACAUAAAUAUUUCUCACCAAAGUUUACAAAGACUUUUUGUUCUUACAUUGUUGUAUGUAAUGUGGGUCCUGUAAGGAGUCCUCUGUUUACACUUGAGCCUGUUUGUCAUUUCAAGUAGACAUGUAAUGCAAUAGAGGUGAUGUUUAGGUACUGCUGUAAUUGACUUUUCUUUUCUUUCCUUAGGGCAUUACUUACUUAUGCUUUGCUAUGUAUAUAUCAGCUCCAGUCAGGGAUUAUAACUUUUCUUUCCUUAUCAAGAUCACUUAGAAUGGCUUUAUACUUUGCCAUGUUUUCUUGCAUAGGAUAAAAGAUACCACAUGUAACUAUUUUCCUUCACUGGGACCUGGGUGACUUCAUAGGGACAAUUAGGAUGUUGUAAUAAUGAUAAUUCUACAAUGUACAGUACUAUAAUGACCUUUUCUCUUCCCACCCUCUUUCCUAGAGAUGAUACAUGUUUCUUACUUUCAUUUCUCAGGAGAGUUGCAAGACAUUCAUAUCCAAGUUAGGCACCAAAACUUCCAAUCUGCACAAUUUAGUUAUCAAACUGCACCUUAAGGAACACAGCGACAGAACACACAGGAAUGCACUCCAGACACCUUGAGGGAGAAGGCAACUCAGGCCUCAACCUCCACUCUUGCUCAGGGAAUGGAACCCCAAAACCUUUGUCUCAAGAAUCUUGCAUCUAAGGCUUACAACACUUACACUAUCAGUCUAUCCCCAUACACACACACACACGCAUACAUCACAAGAAGUCACAUUAUAUCACAUUACACAAUAUUGCAAUAUAGAUGGCAAUAGAAAUAUGCAAUACAACAUGCCAGCAGAUCCCUGAGACACACAGACACACAGCCAUUCACAGCAGCCAAGCCUGUGUGACCAAAACAGCAAUAAAAUUUGGAGGCCACCACAUCAGUAAAGUUUUUGAGGCAGAGACCUUCCCUAAGCCUUGCAGCUGCAGUAGAAGGCAAGACUUUCCUCUUGCUCUUGCUGCUGCUGCUGCUACUGCUGCUGCUGCUGCUGCUGCUGCUGCAGUUACCCCUUCAGUGCCGAGCCACCAGGGCUACAUGAUGCAACACAGCUUGGUUCCUGAUGUGUAGCUGUCCAAGAGUCUUCCACACGCGUCCUUCUGCACCAGCUCUUCUUACUCUUGAGAAGAGCUGUGCUUCGCUGAGAGGCCCAAUGGACAGACAGAUGGACAGACAGGCAGGCCGGCCAUGUGUGGUGUUCUGUCCUUCAAAGCUGAGCUCCUACUCCUUGAUGUGAAAUCCUGGCUGUCAUCAGCACCACACAGGAUACUUUGCUCAACUUAGUCUAAAACCAAGGCAUUAGGUAGUAUGUUCUGUUGAUACUUAUUAAUAUUUAUUAUUGAGUUAUUUAUCUUAUUAUUAUUAUUAUUAUAAUUAUUAUAAUUAUUAUUAUUGUUAUUAUUAUUAUUUUAUUAUUUAUUAUUGGUGUUAUUACAGUUAUAUAUUAUUGCCAUUAUCACUGCAAAAAAAAUCUUGAAAUCAGCAAAUGAUGGGAGAGUUACUUUCAUUACAGCUGCCUUGGGUGAGAGGUGUGCACCAUUAUGUAAUGCAGCAUGAGUAGCACCAGUGCAAUAUACUUCCAUCACUUAUAUGGUGCUCACUGCUCAAAGACACGCCCUCACCUUGCCACCCAACUGUCCUGAGCUGUCUUGUCAGGAAGAGGCAGUGGGAGGGUCAGGGAUGUAGCAGCCACUACUAGGCAGAAACUGAACACGGCAGGCUGAGGUGCAGGUGAGAGAGAGAGGUGAAGCUGUGUGUCUCAGCAGCCAGACUCACCAAGUCACUAUGUUCAUGACCAGACUCCAGGAUUUAGUGCACCUCCCUUGUCAACUCAAGUCGUUGCAAAAUUUAGCUGUUAAAUUGCACAUUAAUGAAGUUUAGUUCUGUAAGAAACAUUUAAAAGUACAAAAGUAUUUGUACUCACCUGUGUUGUUUUAACUAGCUUGAUACUUCUUGGUGCAUUGCAAACACUUGUAAUGUUUCAAAAUAUUGUGCAAAAAAUAAGAGAUCAUGCUACACAUUAAUGAUAAAUUAAAUAUUGCUUAACAUUUUUCACAAACUAUUUCAAGAGCAUGUCCAGUGGGAAUGUAGGGUUGGUCAGGAUGAUGUCAGGAGAGGUUGUAAAAGAUUAGGCAUUGUAUAGGCUAUCUUUAAAGUGAUGGAGUCAUUGGUGGAUACACUCCCACCCUCUGGUGCCUCAUGAUCCCACAUGGAGGGAGAUGUGCAUGCUGUAAGGUCUGUUUGUGGUAUGGUGCAGGUGGAGAAGACGAGAUUCAGAGUGAAUGGAAACCUCCAUGGUUCCUGUCACAAUACAACAUCGGAGUCCUGUUGCUUGUCAGUCACAGGACAGUCAGGCAUUACAAAGGAGCACACACAACACUCAGGCUCUUCAUACCCUGUGUUUGCAGCCUGCCUGGCCUGCCAUUCACUCCAUUAAUUUUUUACUUUUUUAUUUAUUUAUUUAUCAAUUUAUUAUUUUAUGAAAGAGCCAGACUGAACCACUGUACUCACUAAGAAAUAAGCUUACUGAGAAUUGCACCAAGAAUUAAAUUAUAUGGAUUUCAUGAUCCAUAUGUUAUAUGUAUGCAUAUUUUCCCUUAUUUUUGCUGCAUACUUUUAUGUAAUUGCCAUUUUUUAUAAAUGGCUAGCCUACUACUGUAUAGUUUAAUGAUGUUAUUUAUAAUAUUUAUUUGCCUGUUUAUUUAUAAGUUCAUUUGUAUAUUUAUUGUUAUUAUUAUUGUCACUAUUAUUAUUAUCAUUAUUAUAUUGUUAUUAUUAUUAUAAUUUAUUAUUAUUAUUAUUAUUUUUAUUAUUAUUAUUAUUAUUAUUAUUAUUAUUAUUAUUAUUAUUAUUAUUAUUAUUGUUGUUAUUAUUUUAUUAUUAUUAUCAUUAUCAUUAUCAUUAUCUCUACUAUUAUUAUUUAUUUAUUUACUUUUUUUUUUUUUCUGGUUGCCAUCCAGCAUAUACAGGAAAGGUAAGCUGUGUAAAAAAAAAAAAAUGUCAGUCAUUCACUGAUUGCUAAUGGCUAAAACAGACGUAUUCUUGUCAGAUGCAGCUAUUUUUGGAUUGUAGUACUGCUGUGAGUACUUGUGAUUGUUGCCUUGUUGCGUCUGUCAUUGGCUGUAGUCCCGUCAUGAUGUGUGACUCAGUGGACUUAUAUUGUCAGUCCAUGUGUCGCCGUGCCGUACUAUGUUUUGCCAUGGUUGUGAUAGUUAGGGUUUUAAAGUUUUCUCUGUGCUAGGACAAAGGACUUAUAUACAAUGACAGUUUCCCACAAAUACAAAAAGUACAGCAAUAUGCAAUAUCUUAUUCUGAUGAACCUGAGGCCUGCAUGACUGCUUCAGCAAGCCAUAACUGCCCAGCUUCUGCCAAUGCAAUGACUUCCUCAGAGCAGAUAGAGGGGAAUGAUAUGCAUUCUUUAAGUCAGUAGUGUUGCAGUCAGCAUCAUGCAAGCCUCCAAGCACAGCCUAUCUUUGGCUGUGCAGGUGUGUCAGAAUGAGGUGUUGGUGUACAGCCUGAGAGCCCUGCAGCACAGCAUACUGCCUCUCAGCUAAUUGCCCCAAUGCUGCCUCAGCGAUGCCUCAUCCCACUUAACCUAAAACUGAUCAUCAUUCCAUGGGCCAGAGUUAACCUAACUUACACAUGGCACCUUUCCUCUUGACAUUAUAUAUAUAUAUAUAUAUAUAUAUAUAUAUAUAUAUAUAUAUAUAUAUAUAUAUAUAUAUAUAUAUAUAUAUAUAUAUAUAUAUAUAUAUAUAUAUAUAUACACAGACACACACACACACACACACACACACACACACACACACACACACACACACACACACACACAUACAUACAUACAUACAUACAUUAUAUACAUUAUAUACAUGUACAUAAAUGUAUAUGUAUUAGAAUGCCUUUUAUUAUGUACAGUACUACCAAUAACAUUGUCUUUCUUAUUUCCAUAUCAAGCACUGUAAACCUCUGGCACCACAGCACAGUUUUAUUAAGUUAGCACAAUGCUGGUGUGUGAGAGGCUUCAUGUCACCUCUUGUGUUAAGCCAAAGCUGGCCCACCAAAGAUGUACAUCCUUGACUUGCCUCAGCACCAUGGGAAGGAAGCACACUCCUCCAUGAUGACAUGUCUUGACUACAAAAAAACUGUAGGCUUCUCAUUCCCUUGCCUCACACAUGCCAGCAGCAGAUGGAGACUGUUGGCACGUCAGAGCAACGAAACCAAACUGAGAGAGGUCAUGAUAUAAAGACAUGACAAUGACCUUGUCCCUCCUCCUGGCGGUUACUCCGAGUGGUGAGCCAGCCAGUGAGGACCACCAUGUUGGCAUCUUACUUACAUGGUUACUGUCUUAUUCAUUGCCUGAAGCUUUAAUCUCCAACAUCAGAUGCUAUUACAGAAACUUUGCUAAUGUGAACUGGCAUAGUUCUUGCAAACUUUAGGCAAUUUUGUAAAACCACGACAGAGGUAUCGUUGUAUUAAAUAUUAUGAUAUUGAA